UCCCUUGAAUGCGCAGCUGAUACACAAGAAAGCGGCAGGCGUAGUGUGUAGGAGCGUCAUUUUAUCUCAUCCAAACCUUUUGCCGCCCAUCGCAAAAACUCUUGCAUUUAACAAGGAAACUCUGGUGCCGUGUGUUUCAUCACAACAUUACUCGUUCAGCAACGCAUGUACUGUGUCAGCACCAAGAAAAUAUUGCGAAGAAUCUGGAAGAUCAGACGACCGACCGAUCACAUUCCACUAAGUUCCAAGUGAAGUUCCAUAUUGGUGCACCACUCCACCUCUAAAUACACUGGUCUCUGCAAUAUCGAUUACAAAUAUGGCUUAUAUAAACUGACUUUCUGACGACAAACAGUCGGAUCUGAGUGUAUGCGGUUUUUAUUGUUUUUAAGUCGUACGGAAAAGUGCAAUUUUAACGAAGAAUUGGUCCGGUUUCGGUUCAGUCUCAACUACUCCGCAUUUGGAACAAGGCCAGCGUUCCAUAAUACGUGUACAGAUAGUUCAUACUGCAUACUGGGAUAGCGUCGCCCUCGUCUAUUUUAAAUCAACGUUUCAAUUUUUACUGACAUUUGGUAACUUUAUCAUCCGCAACGAUGGCAACACAAUCAACAGCAAGGGGAAGCCUUUCUCUACCACUCGAUUCCAACGAAAUGUACUCUCCGUGUUUUGUGAGCAGAGCUUCCAGCUUUUCUCCAAUGACUGACCUUGCUCUCAAUCUGAGUGGACUCAGCACAAGUAUGGAUGCAACGCCAAAAAGAAGACUGUCUCUUUCAAAUUUGGAUUUGUCAUCGACACCACAAAGACCAUCAUCUCUGAGUUCUGAUGCAGGUUGUUGUCUUGAUUCUCCUAGUCCAAUUGAAUCACCUGCAAUUCAGAUGUCUUUUGAUCAACCAUGCUUUUCAUUUGCCACAAUGCUGAGUGCUGAUAAUGAAUGCAACCAGGCUGACCAGAAUGAAAACAGCAAUGGUAGUAGCAGUAGUGGCUUUCAAUCUGAUAGUGAAAACUCAAAUGAUGGAGAGAAUUUCCCAUGUGUUAUUAAUAGAAAAAAACUAGUUAUCAAGAGACCAUCAGCGUUUAAAAGAAUCAACUCGAUGCCUGUGAGUUUGACAAGUGCAAGCAGGCAGUGUAAUAAAGACAUACAGUUCAUUAAUAGUGCAAUUCCAUUUGAAAAAACAUUGUUUCAGGAGAAAGAAAAUUUUUCUAUGGCUCGUCCAUCUUCUAAAGUUGGCUUAUCUACACAUGAUGAUUUUAAAUUUGUUGAGCCUCUUCCACCAAGGAAACCCCUUGGCAAUGGUAGCAAUAAUUACUCAGGAUCAACCCCUCCUAAGAAGAGGCCCAUCUCGGCCCCAGCUACACUGUUCAACUUUGGCAGUCCUGUUUCGUUGUCAAAAUCAACACUCACAAGUACAGAAGAUGAUGAUGAUGAUGGAUUUUUGGAAUUGUUGGACACUGAAGCACUUGAGAGUAAUCCUAUGGAGAUUUCAGGGAUGUCCAAUCUUCUCAGUGCUCCAAUCCACACUGACCAGGGAAGUGAUAGUAUUGACGGCUGUUGUGAUCUACCUCUUAAUCUAGCAACGAAAUUCACAGACACCCCAACUCUUGGAUCGCGGACAAAGCGUGGACUUUUUCGUUCUCCCAGUGUACCUUGUGCAAUGUCCAGGACUAAGAACAGUAUGCACAGAAGCAGUUCAUUUUUGAAAAGACCUGAAAGACCAGUUGACAUGCAUAGUCCUAUACAGAGUAAAAGAAAAUGUUCUGUUGCAAGUCCAUCUGUUUUUGAUAAAUUCACCACUCGGGCUGAACCCAGUUGUAAACUAAAUAGAUCCAAAUCGAUAGCUAAUACGGCACAUAUUGAUCGAGCACUUAUGGUUGGAGGUGAUCAACAGAACCUUAUAGGAGACUUUUCAAAGGCAUUUUCAUUACCGUUGACAAAAAGCAAUCACCAAGAUUUGAAGUCUAUCAGUUCAGAGACCAUGAGAGACGUUUUGAAUAAUAAAUAUGAUAUAGACUAUAAGAUAAUAGAUUGUAGAUAUCCAUACGAAUACAAUGGAGGACAUAUACAGGGAGCAAAGAAUAUUUACACAAAGGAUGCUAUCAUGGAAGAGUUCCUGAAACCAGGAAAUUGUAAGCGAAAUGAGAGUGGAAAACCACAAGUGCUUAUAUUUCACUGCGAGUUUUCAUCAGAAAGAGCUCCCAAGUUGUAUAGAUUUCUGAGAAACAAGGACCGUGAUGCAAACAAAGACAACUAUCCAGCUCUGAAUUAUCCUGAAUUGUAUCUCUUGCACAAGGGCUAUAAAGAAUUCUAUGAAACUCAGAAGGAAUUUUGUGACCCAAAAAACUACGUCAUUAUGCUUCACAAAGAUCAUGCUAAUGACCUUCGACAUUUCAGACUGAAGUCCAGAUCCUGGGCAGGAGAACGUAGUAGAACGACGGGUCUGUCAUCAAGAUUCAAGAACUUUUAAUAUAGUUUGAAACCAUCCAGUUUGAUGGCCAAGCUAUAGAAGUGCAAUAUCAGCUUGAAUGUACAGUGAUGUGAUUUCCCAACUAAGAUAACAAUGAAUUGAAGUGUGUAUGAAUGAUGUAUAUAUAUGUACAAAACAUACUUACUAUAACUCAUGCCACAGGACAGUUUCACUGUUUAAGGAGUUGUGUUUUAACAUUGUUUUAAAACUAUUUAUGAUUUCAUUUAUUCAUAAUUUAAUUAUUUUCAUAGACAAAAAAGUUUCCAUUCUAUUAUUCUGUUUUUAAUCAGUUUGAAGUGACAUCUAGUGAAAUUUUUGACUUGUACAUUGAAAUGUUUUUAUAUAUACCUAAAUUAUUUUUUUGAAGUGUCUAUUUUAUGUGUCGGCUUUCUUUUCUUUGCUAGAAUUCCUUUUAAUUUUUAAGAGCCCCAUUAUAUUAUAAAUAUGACUUUAUUCUUGUUUGUGGCUUGUGGGAGUAUCAAGUCUGGAAUAACCUUGCAAUGAUAAACAAUUUGGGCAGGGUAUUUAAACGACUUCAGAGAUUGUUAUAUUUAAAUUAUUGAGAAUUGUAAUCAUAACAUUGUCAAACAAAUGUUUAUUUUUUUCAGUUGAAUGGCAUCUCUAGUGACAUUCAAUGUGCUUGGUUUUGGAGAAAAAAAAAUAAUGGCUUAUGAAAUGUAAAUAAUGUGGCACAGAAAUGCUAUCAUACACGCCAAGUUAUAAGCUAUAAUAUGCCUACUUAUGUUUUCUGUUUAAAGCCUAGCUUAUACUUUUUCUGUGCAAUUACUAGGGAGGAAUACUGCAGUGAAGAUGCGAUUGACAUUUCUUUUAUGAAAAUGUAUUUCUGUUCUGUGGAUACAAUUUGCUGAUCUUUGGUUGUAAACAAAGAGGUAAAACCUGUCCAACACCAAAACAAAGUUUAUUUUUUGGUUUAACGCAUCAACAGCCUUAACUAAAUUUUUUUUUCAUAUUUGCUCUAUUAGAAGUGCAUAUGUUUAUGUAAAUGCCCUGUUGAAAACAAGUUUGUGUUGGUUUAAUAUACUUAUUCCACCCAGAUGAACCCUUUGGCCUUUUUGUGCUUCUAAUGGAGUAAGAUAGUAUUUCUAUUGUAUAUAUUUAUGGAGAAACGUUUCCUGCAAUCAGUGCAUUAACCACAAGUAAAGUUGUUGUGAACUUUGUCAAAAUAAUUGGUCGAUGUGGAAGUUAGUAAUCAUUGAAUUGUUGCAAUAUUUGCAAUGAUGUAUAAUGCUCAAAUUAAAGUUUAAAGUGUUCCAUUUGGAUAUGUAACUCUACUGACCCUUCCAUCAUGAAUCGUGUUACUGAAAUGAAUCAUUUUGAAUUGAACUGAAUCGGUUUUAGUAAUAAAUCACUUU